CACCCUUAUGAACAUACAAAACACAUAAAUUGCAUGACACCACCUCAAUGAUUCAUUAACUGGGACAGAAGUUUAGAAGCACAAUCAUAGCACUUCUUGAAGAUCUGUUUCACACUGCUACAAUGCAUCUAAAGUUAUUCCUUGUGUGUUCCAUACUCAGUUUUGCGACAGGCAAUGUAUUCCGAAACAUUGAAAGAGCUAACAUACCUGGUGGUCUUGGCCCUUUGCAAAAAUUUAACCCAUUGAUUCAAAAUUUGAUUAACCAGGUGCGAUUAGAUGCUGAAAGUGAAGCUGGUCAUAAAUUUGAUAACUACUUAGCAAUGUCGUACAAAUCGCAAAUUGUAGGUGGCACGAAUUACUUUGUCAAGGUUCAAAUUGGUCUUGAAAAAUAUGUUCAUUUGAAAGUGUUUGUUCCAUUCCCGUUUGCAAAACUCCCACCGACACUCUUGCGUAUACAGUUAAAUAAAAAGAAGGAUGAUCCAAUUGAAUACUUUUAGUAUAUUGACAGAAUUUACGUUGACAAUAUGAAAAAGGUGUAAUGAAAUAAUUUUCCAAUAAAAGCAAAUAAAAAUUGA